AUGGAAUCUCAUAGUGAGCCGUACGACCAACUGUUUAAGAUUGUCUUGAUCGGAGAUACCGGAGUUGGCAAAUCAUGAAUUGUCAGCAGAUACGUAAAGGGAGUCUUCCCAAAGAAAAAUGUCGCUACUAUUGGAGUGGAGUUCGCUGCAAAAUAACUUAAAACUUAACAGUGGGAUUCGGGUGAAAGCUCAAAUUUGGGAUACAGCUGGGCAAGAAAGAUACCUUGCUAUUACAACAGCACAUUAUAGAAGAGCUAUUGGAGCUUUAGUCGUAUAUGAUAUUUGAAAAAGGGAAUCUUUCCUAAACUGAGAAAAAUGGAUUAGUGAUGUAAAGUCUCAGGCUGAUCCAGAAAUUACAAUAAUGUUGGUUGGAAAUAAAGUGGAUACUGCUACUGAAGAGACUAGGCAAGUCCAAAAGCAAGAAGCUGAAGAGUAUGCUUCAAAGAACAAAAUCCUUUUCUGUGAGACUUCUGCAUUAUCCGAUAUUAACAUCAACAGUGCUUUUAUACAACUUUUGAAUAAAAUAGACGAGGUCAAAAUCCAUAAUCCCAAGAAGAAUAACAAAGUAGGUAUUGGACUCAAAGGAGUCGAUGCUGAUGGAUUCGAAGAAAGAGAUGAUGGAUGUUCAUGAUAA